AACAACAACAAAAAAAAUUCCGAUCAAAUAAUAAAAAUUUAAAAUAAUGGGUCUACUUUCAUUACUGAAAAAAUUCAAAUCAACAUCGAAUCCUGAAUUAAGAAUUCUAUUACUUGGUUUGGAUAAUGCUGGAAAAACAACCAUAUUGAAAAAAUUGGCCUCAGAAGAUGUUACUCAUAUAACACCAACACAGGGUUUUAAUAUUAAAAGUGUACAAUCACCGGGAUUUAAAUUAAAUGUAUGGGAUAUUGGUGGCCAACGUAAAAUUCGUCCAUAUUGGAGAAAUUAUUUUGAAAAUACCGAUGUUUUGAUUUACGUUAUUGAUAGUGCGGAUAAAAAAAGAUUUGCUGAAACAUCGGUCGAAUUGAAUGAAUUAUUGAAUGAAGAAAAAUUAAUGAACGUACCAUUACUGGUAUACGCUAAUAAACAAGAUUUGAUCAAUGCUGUUAGUGCUAGUGAAUUAGCUGAAGAAUUACAUUUGAUUGCCAUUAGAGAUCGUCCAUGGCAGAUUCAAGCAUGUUCCGGUACAUCUGGUGAAGGUCUUAAAGAUGGAAUCGAAUGGAUUUGUAAGAAUAUUAAUUUAAAAACAUCAAAAUCAACAUCAUAAUGAAUGAAUCAUUAUCCAAAUCAAAAUUUAAAUUCAAUUUAUAUAGCAAACAGAAACAAAAAUCAUCAUUUUCAUCAA